AUGACUGAAUUGUUGAAGGGUAUGAAGGAUGUCAAGUUGAGACAGGUGGCAAGAUCGCCAGGUGGCACUCCAUUCAGACCGAAAACAAAGCCUCACGAGACUGGCAAUGACUUGGGCUCAUUUUUAUCACGUGCCCUGAAAAGAAAGUUCGCCUCAACACGAAACACCAGCCCCGACAGGAACGAUGACUCGACUGAUGCCAGCAACAGCAGCAGUUCCUCCUGUUGGUCGCCCUGCAAAAACGUCGGUCUGUCAGAUAGCAGCUGUAGUGGAGGUGCUGGCAGUAGUGACGUGGAGGGGAGUGUAGCAGCAGACAGCAACAAAGAGAACAGCAGACCUGUUAUCGCAUCAAACGUUUUACGACCAAAAAGUGAAUUUCAUUUGAUGAAGACAUCGCUAAGUUCUUUAACUGUGGUCAGAGAACCGGUGGAGGAGUUAGAGUGA